AUGGCUGAUCAGGAAAGUUAUGCCUCAGGAAAUGACAUUGUGGAGCAGAUAAGAAAACUGCUGGAACAAAAGGAAAAAAUUGAGAGAAGGGAGAGACAGCAACAGGAGCAGCGGUCAAAUUUAUUGAAAGAUAGUUUAUCGACUCAGCGACCUAGUAACAGCAGUGGCAGCAGAGAGGGUGAAAGGAACCAAGAGGAUAUUUCUGACAGUCUAAAUGCUUCCCUGGCUCAACUAAGAUCUUUGCAGCAAAGUUCUCUCAAUGUUUCAAAGGAAGGAGCUUUGGAUGACUCCAGGGAUAAUUCUCAAAGAUCUUCAGAUGAUGCAGAUGAUGAUAGAAUGUCAGCUGAGCAUAAGGAAGCAUUGAGAUCAAAUCGUGACAUUCUUGUUGAAAAUAUGACAGCAGAUGAUAUUUUCAAUGACCUUUUAUCAAAACGCAUUCUAUCAAAUACUGAUGUUAAUAGGAUAAAAGAAAAGAACACAACCGAAGCUAUAAAUGAGGAACUGUUAAAUGUGCUGACGAAAAGAUCAGACAGAGCAUUUCAUGUUUUUGUGGCAGCUCUCAGGCGAACUUUGCAAGGAUGGCUGGCCAAUAGGAUAGAUCCCGACUCUCAGCAGAAAAAUAAAAGAAAACGAAGAACCGGUGAGAUAGAUGUCAACUUGAACUGUGAGCAGGUAGUGCCAGCCAGUAAGAAAAGACACACUUGUUCCUGUCGUGAGGUAGAGGAACAAAUUCUCACUAUGGCUAAAGGUGCAUUUUCUCUCAUACGUCGUCGUGAUGCAUCAGCAUCCUCUUUCGAACAGUUUAAGAAGGAACUGAAACAAACAAAUGAGGCCAUUGCUGAAACCAUGGAAACUGUGAAUGCACUUAAGAUUCUUUGUCGCCAUGGUGAAAUAACUGAUAUGACAGCAGGGAGCGUGUGUUUCACCAUCUGCUGCUCGUCUUUGGCAGCUUGCCAGGCAUUGUGGGAGGCUUAUGAAUCGGGAACCUUGUUACAAGCUUUCCAGCAAGGACUGGUAACUCCAGCAUUGCUGCGGUUGUGCAAUGCCAAGCAGAUCUGCUUGUGUGUAAGAAUAUCAAGGCUAGAAUACCUCACCUGUGCCUUGGAGUUAG